AUGAAGCCAUCUACCCUUCUCAACAUCAGCCUCGCCUUGUUCAGCACCGUUAAUGCCGCUCCUGUGCCUGAGGAGGGCGCAACGAGUGUCGACCAAGCUGAUCGCCCCAUUCAGUGGCUCAAGCGCGAAGACGCACCCGCUAGCGUUGAUGAUGCUACCGUUGACCGUGUCAAUCGUAUCAUCGUCUGGAAGCGGGGAGCCGAGACUCCCACCAAGGUCGAUGAUGUUUCGGUUGACCGUGUCAACCGCAUCAUCGUCUGGUAA